AUGUCGAAGUGGAUUAAUAAGCGCAAGGUGUCCAUCCUGAACCUGGCCCCACCGUCCAAACCGGGCCCAGCGCUGCAAGCGACCCCGGUCGGCGAGCAGGAGUUCGAGCAGCUGUUCCAUUUCGCGUUCAAGUGCUUUCGACUGUUUGCCCUGACGCCGGGCCUGAUGGACAGGCAGAAGGAUCGGUACCGGGUGCGCAACACGCGCUGGAUGAUGCUGAUCGUGCUGCUGCUGGUGGUCGUCGCCUGGAUCGCGCUGUUCGAGACGUUCUUCAUCGAGCGCCGGACGGCCCUGAUCACCGGCAUUGCCAACCACAUCCAGUUCCUGAUGAACACGAUCGCACUGACGGUGGCCUGGGUCGUGCCGCAGCUGAAGGCGGACGAGCUCGGCUCGAUACUGGACGGCUUUUUGCUGAUCGAUCGCGAGCUGAGCAGCUACAACGUGCACGAGGUGGCGGGCUACAAGCGCGUGUCGUUUCUGCUCCGGUACGGUGUGGUGCUGCUGGCCCUAAUGUCGCUCACCGUCUACGAUGGGUUUGUGUCGUUCGUGCAGCUCACUACGGUUGAGGUUUGGUACUGGCUGUCCCACCAGCUGCCGUUCAUCAUCUACGCGAUGGCAUUUCUGCACGCGUACGUGCUGAUCUACUGGCUGCAUGCGCGGUUCCGCCGGCUAAACACGCUGGUCGAGCAGUACUACCGGCAGGGGCACAUCUUUGCACCGGCGCGUCAAACGAUCAUCAGCUUCGCGACGAUGGUAAAGCUGGACGAGGAGUCGGCUGUCGGUGAGGAACUGCACUCCGUGGGGCGGCGUGAAAUAUCGGACGACCUGCAGGUUCUGGCGAUCGUUUCGCGCACGAUCGAUCUCGGGCAGAAGAUUGAGUCGUACUUUGGCCCACUCUUCCUGACCGUCUACACCGCACUGUUCUCGGUCACGACGAUCCAAUCGUACUACUGCUAUCUGCAUCUUACGGCCAAGGGUGAUCAAGGCCUGUCGAUUGAAACGCUCGUCCUGUCGGGUGGAAUCAUUCUGUACAAUGUGAUCGCGAUCGUCGCCCUGCCGUACAUCUGCGAGCAGGUGGAGAGCGAAUCGAAGCUGCUGAUGUCCUACCUGUCGAAGCUUUCCAUGAAGCACAGCCAGGUGGCGCAACACUCGUCGAUUUGGUUCCCGAACCUGAUCUCGAGCGUUCGCUUCUCGGCGUUUGGUUUCUUUACUAUCAACUACAACAUGCUCUCGGGGCUCGUUGCCGGCAUGGUUACGUACCUGAUCAUCUUCAUCCAGUUCAACUCGAUGGUACCGGCCAGUAAGGAUGACACGCACCACACUCGCAAGCAGCACAUAACCGAGGAGAGAUUCUAG